GCAAGUUGACGUUUCCGCCUCCGCGGCCUCUGAGAUUCCCUCGCCUCCAGCUCCCGGGCCCGAGAUUACGUCUUUCCAGAGGGUCCCUGUUACUUCCCAUCUCCUCUGAAUCCCCUUCCACCGACCCCUCCCCAGCGCCCCCGGUUCCCUUCAGCCUUUCGGGCCCGACCUAGUUCCUUUCCGCCCCCUCGGCCUCCCACUCCCCGAAGCUCCACGCCCCCGGGCCUCUCGCUUUUGCCUCCUUUCAAACCCGGAUCCUUCCCUCUUCUACCCUCCGAGACGUCAGCUUGGGGGAUCGAGGCCCCACCGCGGCUCACACCUAACCCUCCGACCUCCCCCUUCCAUCACCUUCAAGCUCCACCGCUCCCUCCGCCAAAUUCCUAGCACCAAAGAGGCCUGGUUGUAGUCACCCCAAGGUCUCACCCCCACACACUUUAUCAUCCUCAAGCCCCAGAACGCCCCUUCUGGUCCCUCCAAAUCCCCAGCCUCUUACAUCCUCUAAACCUGGUUCUCCUCCCCCUCCCCCCCGUGCCCUUUCUCGGCCCAGGAUGGGGGACAACACCAGCCCCAUCAGUGUGAUCCUGGUCAGUUCAGGGAGCAGGGGCAAUAAGUUACUGUUCAGGUACCCAUUUCAGAGAAACCAGGAACACCCUGCAUCCCAGACAAAUAAGCCACGUAGCCGAUAUGCUGUUAACAACACAGGAGACAAUACAGAUGACCAAGAUGGGGACUCCAGCGAGCAAUGUCCUCUAACCGAUGAACAAUUGGUUGCAGGAUUUUCAGAUGUUAUUCUAGCAACGAUUUUGGCAACUAAGUCUGACAUGUGUGGUCAGAAAUUUGAGCUGAAGAUUGAUAACGUGCGCUUUGUUGGUCACCCCACACUUCUGCAGCAUGCCUUGGGACAGGUAUCUAAAACAGAUCCAUCUCCAAAAAGAGAAAUGCCUACGAUGAUUCUGUUUAAUGUGGUAUUUGCAUUAAGGGCCAAUGCGGAUCCUUCUGUGAUAAACUGCCUGCAUAACCUGUCACGUCGAAUUGCCAUUGUGCUGCAGCAUGAAGAGAGGCGCUGCCAGUACCUGACCAGAGAGGCCAAGCUGAUCUUAGCCAUUCAGGAUGAAGUGUCUGCCAUGUCUGACAGUCCACAGUCUCCAUUUCAUCACAUUCUUCCCAAGUGUAAGUUGGCCAGAGACCUCAAGGAAGCUUAUGACAGCCUGUGUACCACUGGUGUGGUACGGUUACACAUCAACAAUUGGCUGGAAGUGAGCUUCUGCCUGCCUCAUAAAAUCCAUUAUGUCGCAACAAAUUUUAUACCUCCGGAAGCCAUCGAAAGAAGUCUGAAAGCUAUCCGGCCUUACCAUGCCUUACUGCUACUCAAUGAUGAGAAGUCUCUACUGAAUGAACUCCCCUUAGACUGUUCCCCUGCCCUUGUGAGAGUGAUUAAGACUACCUCUGCUGUAAAGAAUCUGCAGCAGCUCGCUCAGGAUGCCGAUCUGGCACUGCUACAGGUUUUCCAGCUUGCUGCCCACUUGGUAUACUGGGGCAAGGCCAUCAUCAUCUACCCACUGUGUGAGAACAACGUCUACAUGCUGUCUCCCAAUGCCAGUGUGUGCCUAUAUUCUCCACUGGCUGAUCAGUUUUCUCGGCAGUUUCCUGCUCACGAUUUGCCAUCUGUUCUUGCCAAAUUCUCAUUGCCAGUUUCUUUAUCAGAAUUCAAGAAUCCUCUUGCUCCACCAGUGCAGGAGACACAACUCAUCCAGAUGGUGAUCUGGAUGCUUCAGCAUAGGCUUCUGAUCCAACUGCACACAUAUGUUUGCCUGAUGGUGCCCCCCAACGAAGAAGAGAGUCGAACACGAGAGGAGGAUGUCCCCUUCACCGCCCGCGUCGGAGGCAGAAGCCUCAGCACACCCAAUGCCCUGAGCUUUGGCUCACCAACCAGCAGUGAUGACAUGACCCUCACAAGUCCCAGCAUGGAGAACUCCAGUGCUGAGCUGCUCCCCAGUGGAGACUCCCCACUCAAUAAAAGGAUGACUGAGAAUCUGUUGGCCAGCUUGUCAGAGCAUGAGCGGGAAGCCAUCCUCAGUGUCCCUGCUGCUCAGAACCCUGAAGAUCUCCGCAUGUUUGCCAGGCUAUUACAUUAUUUCCGGGGACGCCAUCACCUGGAAGAGAUCAUGUACAAUGAAAACAUGCGACGAUCCCAACUGCUGAUGCUCUUCGACAAGUUCCGAAGUGUGCUGGUGGUCACCAACCACGAGGACCCGGUCAUCUCAGUUUUCCAGUCACUUCUAAAAUGAAUGAGAAGUUAGCCCCCUGCUCAGAGAAGAACUCACCCUGGAGAAUUCUUCGAGCCACCAAGGGCCAGAGGGGAUGGGGAGGCAUUCCACAAAAAGAGUGGCUAUCUUGGGACCAUGGUUGGUUUCCUCUCAGGCUCCAAGUUGGCCCUUCCUGUUAUUCUUCCUUUUGAGAAGCAGAGUGACUGUGUGGGUUCCUAAGGAGCACAGUAUUAGUGGGAUCGAAAGGCCCACUUAUUUGGACCUUGAAUUCUGGAUGUAGGUGGAGGGAAGGCUAUGUGGUGGCUCAAUUAAGCUUGAGGAAAAUGCCCUGAAAUAACAUGGCUUUAACUCACAUGCUAGCUUCCUAAUCUGGAAUCAGCUAUAGGCUCUAACUCAGCUUGAGCCUGCUGCUAGAGUGUGGCAUGGUGAGUCCCUCCAACCAUCAGCCCUUCUUCUUAGCUUGCCAGUCACUCCUGGACCUGUGACCAUCCUAUAUAUUUGAUGGUUAUCAGCUUAGGGUUGGGGGGGUGGGGAAAGCUGAGAGGCCUUCCUUUCCCUGCUUGAGUAGUGUAUGACUUUUGUAAGGUUCUCUUAAAGGCCAAUCUUCCCAACCCAACCAUGGUGCAGCCCCAGAGCUAAGGGGCUGUUGAGAAUGUUGUAGGAAAAUAAAAGAGCCAGGAGUUAGCUUUCUA